AUGAAUGAAAAUGAGAAUAACAAUAUGAAUGUGGAGGACAUUGUUAUUAUAAACAAGACGAGCAACGAUAUAAUAAACGAAAAAAUGUUAGCGACGGAGACAGGGGCGUAUUACCAAGAUGAAGACGGCGAACAAAUGGAAAGAUCAUUUAAAAGAGUAAGAAAUGAGAGUGAAAGUGAAUGGAUUACAGUUGAAAGAAAGGGUAAAAAAUUGAAAGAAAGUGAAACAAUUGAAAUAUAUAUAUCACACACGGAAGCUAUGCCAAAACAGUUUGCUUUUGCUAAAAUUUUAAAAGAAAAUAGUAUUCAAGAUAUUAUUAGAGUAAAAUAUAUUAAUCCAUACAAAGUAAGAGUAGAUCUUAUCAAUGAAGUUAGUGCGGAUAAGUUAGAGCAUUGCCAAGUACUCUUAAAUAAGGGAUGGCGAAUGCAAAGGUCGAUGGAGAGAAGUUUGUCGUAUGGUAUUAUAAAAUAUGUUGAUUUGGAUUUAACAGAUGAAAUGAUUUUGAAUAAUAUAUCAUGCAAUGAGCCAGCCAAAUUAAUUGCUGUAAGUCGUCUGAAUAAGAGAGGUCCAACAGAGGAUAAACGCUGGAUACCUAGCGAAGCCGUAAGACUAUGUUUUAAAGGUGCGUAUAUUCCACCAUUUGUAUUUGUAGAAGGCCUAAGAAUAAAAGUCGAACGUUACAUAUUUCCAGUGACCCAGUGUGCACAGUGUUGGAAGUUUGGUCACAUUACAAAAAGAUGCCCAUCAAAAAAAGUUAUUUGUCCAAAAUGUGGCAAUAAUCACCCUAAUUGUGAAACUACUUCAUUCAGGUGUGUGAACUGUAAAGGGAACCAUAUGGCGCUUUCCAAAACAUGUUCCCACUAUUUGAAGGAGAAAAAGUUGAGAGAGAUCAUGAGUGAGUUUAAUUGCACCUAUCGGAAGGCCUUAACUAUUUAUGUUGCCCCCUCACAAGAAGAUAGUGAAGAGAUGAACUUUGAACACUCACAACAACAGGAAUUACCCCAAAACCUACCCCUAAGCACUGAUACACCAUUGCCUUGUGCUCAAAGUACGUCUACUACUGCAUCUUCAUUCGCAGAAGCAUUAAAAUCUAAAGGACAUAAAUCGAAGCCAACAAGAAAACUUACAAAUGAGCACAAACAACAACAGCAACGCAAACAUCACGAUUUCGAUUAUACUUCUCAAUGUGAAAUAGUUUCAGAUAACGAAGAACUUCUUACGAACCAGGACUUCAGAAACUCAGAAUCUGAACCAAAUAAAUCAAGGAACGUUUCUUUCGGUGAGCUCAUUUCUCGUAUCAAGGAUAUGUUGUUUAUAAGAGAUGUCACAAUGCCAGACAAAAUAAGAACGAUAAUUAAGUUGUGUAUUGAGUGGUUAAUUUUAUUAGUUGUUGAUAACGUUGCGGACUGGCCGUUGUUGAAAUGUAUUUUAGAUUAUUUUAAAGAUGGAUAA